AUGUCGUAAAAAUCAAAAACUUUGUUGCAUUUAUUGCAAUAGUAAUAACAUUAUCAUGAUGAUAUUAAUACAUCCUUAGAAUCAAAUUAUAAACAUAGUUCAGAACAUACAGAAAAGAAAUUUGAUCUAAAACUUUAAAAAUCUGUAGUGGAAUUAUAUUAAUAAAUAAAAAGCAGCAUCUAAAAAACAGAAGAUCAAGUUUAAUUUAUAAAUUAUAUAUAGUUGUUAUUAUGUUAGAUAAGGAAAGUGGUGCCUCUUGAUAAACAAGAAGAUUUAUAUACAGAUCCCAUUUCUUUAAUUUGUUAUAUUGGAUGCAUGUUCUCGAUUGUCUUGCAAAAUAAAGUAUUCUUUGAGUGAGAUUAGUUCAAUUUAGAAUAAUAGAUAGAAGAUCAAAACUCAAGAAACUAAAAUGAUUAUGAAGAAUAAUUGAUCAAAUUGGAGGCAGAGAUCCGUCAACAUAUACGAGUAUUAUAUAUAAAACUAAUUAAGAUUGAGCAAUAAUUGAAGAUAUAUGCUGAAAAUACAUAAUCAAAGUUAGAGGAUGUACUUAAAAUUAAAGAUGAUUUAGAAGAAGAAUUGUAGACAAUUAAAAAUCAAUUCCAAGUAUUUAAUUAUUGACAUUAAGAUUUUAUAUGAUAAAAAUAAUGUAUUGAAUCAAAAAUUAAAGAUACAAGAAAAGGAUUUACAAAACAUAAAACUAAAUUCAAAAGUUGAUUUAAAUUCUUAAAAUAAUAAAUUUGCAUAAUAAUCUAACAAAACAUAAUUGGGAAAAGAUAACAUUGAAAAUGAGUUUAUGAAAUAGUAGACUAUCUCAUUAAAUGGUUAAAAGGAUAAAUUUAAAUUUCUUGGUUAAGAAUAUGUAAUAAUAUAUAAUAUUUUUAAAAGGAAAACAGAUUACUUACAGAACCAUAAGAUGAUUAUUAAAAAUUAAGGAAUAAUUCAUAAAAACGAAUAUUUUCUACACAUAUCUCUAAUAAUAAUAAUAAAUCCAAUAAUUUAGCUUGUAGAGUUUAAACUGAAACUAGUGAAUAUUUAGAUAAAAAUAGAAAAAGUAAUUUAUCUCAUUAUGAAACAUCAUAAAAUACAAUAAAUCAUCAAAGAAAUUAGACAUCAUAAAAUGUAUUAAAUUUAAUAAGUAAAUAAAUCAUUAUAUAUCAAAAGAUCAAGAAUUUAAACGAUAAUAAUCAAUAAAAGGUUGUUCUGAAAAGUCUACAAUUAAUUCAACUAAACCAUAAAAGAAAACAUCUUCAUCUUAACAUACUGAAGCAAAUAGAUCAAAUAAUUCUGUUCAUAGUUUUCGUAAAUAACAUUAAGAAGUUAUUUAAAUUCCAAGACCAUUUUCAUGUGCUGAAUAAAUUGAAGAAGCAUAACAUUCAGUAAAUUUUUAAUUUAUAAAAAAGCUACGUAAAGAUAUAAGUGUAGAUUUAAAUGGAUAAUAAAAAUUAAAUGCUGAUUAUUUGGAAAAUCAAUUAUAAAUAAAGAAACUUUUACAAUAAUAUUAACAAAAACAUUCCUUUAAUGAUAAUUUGACUAAAAAAUUACUGUAAGAAUACAAAAAAAGAUCAGGAUAUAAUUGUAAAACCAUUUAAUGA